UGGAUGUUGGGCGGAUGCUAGGGCAAUAUUUUGCAUGAGCAAUAUAUUGUUACUGUCAUGGCCAGCACUGGAGUCGGUGGAGUGGGAAGGCUCUCGUGCUGCACUUCUCACAGCUGAGGGCAUGAUCUGCAGGAAUUUCACUUAAAGGAGAAGAUGCGGGUUUAAGGCAAUAGAGAAGAAUAUAUCGUUAUACUCGAGCAAGACUUCGUGCUCCUAGGGGGAAAAAUAAAAACAAAAACAAAAACAAACAAACAAACAGAAAUUAACCAUGAUUUUCAUUAGUUUCAGUAGAACCCCUUCAGAAGUCGGGGUUCCGAAGCCGGACGUCGGCAGGUCCUGUUGGAGCGGGCAUGCACCGGCGGGCUUUCAUCCAUCCGCCCCUCCCGAGAGCGAAACGGGGGAGGGCCGGAGUUCCCGGCCCGCUGCAGGGACCCCGCGGGACGCUGUGGGCGGGCAGGAGGAGGAGGAAGAGGAGGAGGAGCGGUAUUUCGUGGCGGCGAGGAGCAGGUGGCGCUCAGUGCCGCGCGGCCGGCACCGCACCGCGCUCCUUGCUCCGCACCUCUCCGCACCGCCCUGCGCCAUGGCUUCUGCGAGUGCGGCGCUGCUGCUGGCGCUGGGUUUUCUUCAUAACUGCUGUGAAGCCUAUAAUGUUGGGCUCCUUAAAGCAAAAAUAUUUUCUGGUCCAUCAAGAGAGCAGUUUGGAUAUGCAGUUCAACAGUUCAUAAAUGAGCAAGGCAAAUGGUUAUUGGUUGGCUCACCCUGGAGCGGCUAUCCAGCAAAUAGAACUGGAGAUAUCUAUGCAUGUCCUGUUGGUACACCCAAAACCACAUGUAAAAAAUUGAACUUGCAAGCUUUAAUAAAUAUUCCAAAUGUGACUGAGAUAAAGGAAGACAUGAACCUUGGCUUGACACUGAUCCAGAACUCAAAAACAGGAGGAUUUUUGACUUGUGGCCCCUUGUGGGCACAGCAGUGUGGAAGCCAGUACUAUGCAACAGGAGUCUGUUCUGAAAUCAGCCCAAGUUUCCAGAUUCUAAGAAGCUUUUCUCCUGCUAUUCAAAAGUGUUCUUCCAUCAUAGAUAUUGUAGUGGUUUGUGAUGAGUCAAACAGCAUUUAUCCCUGGGAUGCUGUGCGGGCAUUUUUGAAGAAAUUUGUCCAAGGUUUAGAUAUAGGCAUUAACAAAACCCAGGUGGGUUUAAUUCAGUAUGCAAAUAAUCCCCGUGUAGUGUUUAAGUUGAAUGAGUACCGAACAAAGGAUGAUGUUGUUAAUGCAACAGAGAAAACGUUUCAGCAGGGAGGAGAUCUGACUAAUACUUUCAAAGCCAUUGACUACGCAAGACAGUAUGCCUUCUCAGCUGAGUCAGGGGGACGGCCUACAGCCACCAAAGUAAUGGUUGUUGUGACAGAUGGUGAAUCGCAUGAUGGCUCCAACUUGAAAACUGUGAUAGGUAGAUGCAAUGAAGAUAAUAUAACAAGAUUUGGCAUUGCUGUUUUGGGAUACUUAAUCAGGAAUGAACUUGAUACUAAAAACUUAAUUAAAGAAAUCAAAGGAAUUGCUAGUCAUCCAACAGACAAGUAUUUCUUUAAUGUGUCAUCUGAGGCUGCACUACUGGAAGAAGCAGGAACACUUGGAGAGCGUAUUUUUAGCAUAGAAGGUACAGAUCAAGGUGAUACAUUCCAAAUGGAAAUGUCACAGGUGGGGUUCAGCGCGUAUUUCUCACAAAAAAAGGAUGUCCUGCUGCUGGGUGCUGUUGGGGCUUAUGACUGGAGUGGAACAGUAGUUCAGGAGUCUUCAAACAGAGUUACUACUUUUCCAAGCAAUGUGUUCGAGAAAAUUCUUCAGGACCGAAAUCAUAGUUCAUAUCUAGGAUAUUCAGUUGCUGUUCUCUCAACUCAGAGUUCCAUCUAUUUUGUUGCUGGUGCACCAAGGUCCAACUACACUGGCAGAGUUGUGGUUUAUGAUGUUGACAGCCGAGGUAAUAUCUCAAUUGUGCAGUCCCAGAGAGGUGAACAGAUUGGCUCCUAUUUUGGCAGCGUGGUGUGUUCAGUGGAUGUUAACAAGGACUCUGUGACAGAUGUGUUGCUUGUAGGUGCACCAAUGUUUAUGAAUGACCUGAAGAAAGAAGAAGGGAGAGUAUAUAUGUUCUCCAUCAUAAAGGGAAUUUUGGAUCAACAAGAGCUUUUGGAAGGCCCACAAGGUUCAGAAAAUGCUCGCUUUGGAUCAGCAAUUGCAGCACUUACAGACAUUGACUUGGAUGGCUUUAAUGAUGUUGUAAUAGGUGCACCACUGGAAAAUCAAAACUCUGGAGCAAUUUAUAUUUACAAUGGGUUUCAAAAGACAAUACGUACCAAAUAUUCUCAGAAAAUUUUAGGAUCGGAUUCUGCUUUUGGAAAACGGCUCAAAUUCUUUGGAAGAUCAGUAGAUGGCCAUGGAGACUUAGAUGACAAUGACAUUACUGAUGUAUCAGUUGGUGCAGAUGGAAACGUGGUUCUGCUUUGGUCACAGAGCAUUGCAAAUGUGUCCAUAAUUGCCUCGUUUAUACCUGAGAAAAUCAGUCUGCUGAACAAGAACACUGAAAUAACUGUCAAAAUAUGUUUUCAGGCUACAUUUAGACCUAAGAGAGAUAAUCAAGUGGCUAUAAAAUGCAAUGCAACACUGGAUGCAGAUCUCCAGUCCUCCCGAGUGACUUCUAGAGGACUUUUCAAAGAAAAUAAUGAAAGGUACAUGCAGAGGGAUGUUGUGGUGACUCAUUCCAUGAAUUGCGUUCAGGACAUCUUCAACGUACAGGAACCUUCUGAUGCAGUCAAUUCCCUUAAUGUGCGCAUUGACAUUGGCCUAGCAAAUCCUGGCACCAGCCCUGUACUUGAUACAUCUUCUCCUGCAUCUGUGGCCUACAGUAUUCCUUUUAUUAAAGACUGUGGUGAAGAUGAGCUUUGUAUCUGUGAUCUUGUCCUGAAUGUACAGCAGAAGGGAGAUGAUGGCAAACAGCAGUUCAUUGUCAGCAGCAAAAACAAAAGACUAACAUUCAACGUGAAAUUGAAAAAUAAAAAAGAAAAUGCAUAUAACACCAGAAUCCAGGCUACGUUUUCAGACAACUUGUUUUUUGCUUCUUCCUCCUUACCGAACGAUGGGACUGAGGUCUCAUGUCAGACAGGAACAUCUCAAACUACAGUCAUCUGCCAGAUAAGCUAUCCUGUUUUCCGAACAGGACAACAGGUGUCUUUUGAUAUUAGUUUUGAUUUUAACCUGAAGAAUCUUCAGAAUAUGGCAGUUCUAAGUUUUCAUGCAUUGAGUGAAAGUAAAGAAGAGCAAGAACAGGACAACAAGAUCAGCUUGUCAAUUCCUUUGCGGUAUGAUGCAGAAAUUCACUUCACAAGGCUUGCCAACAUCAACUUCUAUGAAGUAUACUCUGGUCAUAACAUUCCUUCCACUGUGAAUAAUUUUGAAGAUAUAGGCCCCACAUUCAACUUCUCAGUGAAGGUAACAACAGGAAGUAUUCCAGUGAAGAUGGCAUCUGUGAAAAUCCAUCUUCCAGAAUUAACUAGCAAAGACAACCCACUGAUGUACAUAACUGCAGUUGAUACAGAUCAGGCCAGAGGUGUUACUUGUCAAGUUCAGAUAAAUCCACUGCAGAUAGGAAAAAGACCUUACUCUGCAUCUUUCAAGAAAGAAAACCUCAGAGCUGUGAAAGAGCUGAACUGUAAGAAUGCCAAGUGCAGUACCAUCACAUGCAAACUGGAAGACCUCAUGCUGAAGGGAGAGUAUUUUGUGAAUGUGUCCACCCGAAUCUGGAAUGGUACCUUUGCUGUUUCCACUUUCCAGACAUUGCAACUCUUUGCUGAGGCAGACAUCAAUGUGCAUAAUACUGAUUUAUUUAUAAUUGGAGAAAAUACCCUAACUAUCCCAGUUACAAUAAUAAAGCCAGAUGAGAAAGCUGAGAUACCAAUUGGUGUUGUGAUUGGCAGUAUAUUGGCUGGACUCCUCUUGCUGUUAGUACUGGUUGCUGUUUUAUGGAAACUUGGCUUCUUCAAGAGACAGUAUGAAAAAAUGACACAGGAUAUAGAAGAUAUAGAUGAAAUUACAGAACUCACAAAAGACAAAGACUGAAGAUAUAUUAUGUGGAUAAAGAGGGGAGAUCUGAGCCACCAAUAGAAAUUGUGAUCCAAUCAGUUCUUCAGCUGGAGUGCCUUCAAGCUUAAUAACAUUUAAACAUUUUUAAUUAAAGUAUUGGGUUUUUUUUUUUAUAGAUGAAAAUAUUUUACAGAUUCUACUCUAUUAUAAGAGUAACUGCAGGACAGUGUUGGUUUUGUUUUUUCAAAAGUGAUUUAUAGUGCCUUUUCUUGUAAAUUUUUGCCUUUCAAACAAACUUAGCCCUUAGUACUGGCAGGUCCGGAGUUUACAGUAAUGUAGUGUGCCAGCAACACUUCUCCUGAUCCACUGCAGAGUGAAACAGAACAAUUUAUUUCAGAUUAUUGUGGAACAACAUCAGUUCAUAAUUCAGUUGACAAGUACCAUAUGUGUAAAGGACACUUUCUAUUACGUUGAUGAUGAAUGUGUGGUGAAUACUGCUUC